AUGGGUUGUGUUGAUUUGUCUGGUAUCUAUCUUCACAAAAUGGAUGCUCCCUUCAAGGUAAAUAAUUGGAAAAUCAUCCAUCUCUUUGAAGUUUUACGUAUUGCUCUCGUCAAUCAAUAUUUAAUUUAUAAGCAUGUUAAAAAACUAUCUAACUUGACCCUCUAUGAAUAUUUGCAAGAGGCAACAUUAUCGGAUUGUGAAUCCACCAACCCUUAUUUCAAAAGAACAAUGCAUUUCCCAUCCAGUGUCAAAACUCGUGGACUUUGUGAGCAUUGUAAGAAUGUUCAUUCUCUCACUCCUAUCAAAUGUCCUGCUUGUAGUUCCUACAUUCAUCAAAAGUGUUUUGUAGAUUUUCACCUUAAAAAACACAUUUAUUAUUAA